UAUUUAUUCAUGGGGAGCGUUUAUAAACAGGCCCUACUGUACAAUAAACAAGCAAAGUUCUGAGAAUUCAUGAUACAUAUACCCUGUACCACAGAGCUUUCAGUUUGUGACAUAAAGAAUUCAGCUCCUUAUCUAAAGCCUUGGGGUUCACUCUUUUUCAGUUAAAGGAUAUCAUUGUGAUGUAGGGCAGCAGGUUGGGUCACAUUCCUGACACACCUCCUAUUGGAGGAACAUAAUAUACCUCAGUCCCAGGUUUCUAUUUGUGCAGCCAAUGAGGAAGUUCUGCAAAUGAAAAAUAACUUUCUCCUCAAUCUCGUUCCCAAAGCACAAAAUCCGCCUAGUUCUCUCUGGCUAAUGGUGACCAGGACUUUUUACAGAAGAACUUUCCCUAUAUCAUGGAAUCCUUUCUAAGGGAACAGUUAAAUUGUCUGAAUUUCCUUUGGGACAAAAUCUGGCCUCCUUCAAGCAACGUCAGGAACGGUAGCAAUGGGAGGGGAUCUGUUUCUACGCCCCCGAUCAGCUUCAUCUCCAUAGCAGACAUAGUUACAGCCCUGUACAGUUUUGAUGCCCGAAGUAAAGAUGAGCUGACAAUUGAGCAGGGUGAAGAGUUGUAUACGUUGAGGGAUGAAGGUGACUACCUCUUGGUCAGGAAACUAACGGGCAGUAUGGAAAGUGGGCUAGUUCCAAAAUCCUACGUGGCUCAGUCCAGUCUCCCAGGUGGUCACUACUCCAUUCAAGAACGUUGGUACUUUGAAGUGGCAAAUCGCAAUGAUGCUGAAAGGCUGCUCCUGAGUCCUCCAAAUGCCCAUGGCUCAUUCCUUGUGCGCCCCAGUGACAGCACCCCUGGGCAUUACUCACUAUCUGUGCGCAAUGAGAACAAAGUCAGCCACUUCCGCAUCAGUGUCAGUGCCAAGGGCGAGUUUUAUAUUCAGAAUGAAAGAUUCUUUGCCACCAUUGAAGAACUCAUCGGCUUUUAUAAAGUAAACUGGAAACUCAUCAAAAGUCCGUUGUUCCAGGUUUGUGUCUGGGUUGUUCAUCAAAAAGACCAGUGGGAAAGGCCACGCAGUGAGUUCAAGCUGAUUAAGCAACUAGGAGCAGGAAAUUUUGGUGAAGUUUGGGAAGGAUUCUGGAAUGACAAAGAUAAAGUUGCUAUAAAGACCUUCAAACAAGACAACAUUAAUGAGAGUGAUUUUAAGAAGGAGGUCGAUGCUCUCAAGAACUUGUGUCACAGGAACCUGAUCCAACUCUAUGCAGUUUGCUCAGUAGGAGGACCGAUCUAUAUAGUCACUGAGCUCAUGUCUAAAGGAAGCCUCCAACAGUUCUUGAGAGGUGAUGAAGGACCUCAUUUAACAGACCCUAAGUUCAUGCACAUCAUCUCUCAGGUGGCAGACGGGAUGGCAUAUCUUGAGAACAAGCAUCUAGUACAUCGAGACUUGGCUGCUCGCAAUGUGCUUGUGGGAGAGGAACUGGUGUGCAAGAUUGCCGAUUUUGGAUUAGCCAGGCUACUCAAGGAUGAUUUUUACUUAGUGCAAAGCAACAAGAACAUCCCAGUUAAAUGGACAGCCCCGGAGGCAAUGACACAUCAAAAAUACUCUACAAAGUCUGAUGUCUGGUCGUAUGGCAUUGUUGUAUAUGAAGUCUUCAUGUUGGGACAGCAGCCCUAUCAAGGAAUGCUUAACCGCGAAGUGUUCAUUAAAGUCACUUCGGGAUACAGACUUCCAAAGCCGGAUCGAUGUAGUACUGAUAUUUAUACCUUGAUGCUGGAAUGUUGGCAGGAAAAACCUAACCAAAGACCAAGCUUCUAUGAAAUUGUGGAGAAACUGACUGCCAUCCAGCGUAACAUCCGAUGAUAAUCAUGGGGUAUCCAAGUGGGUGGCAGUUUCUGGGCUAUAUAUACUGUAUAUAUAUAUAUAUAUAUAGUGAAUAAAGUACCCCCUUUUGUAAAAUAUAAG